CAGUAUCACCAGGUUUUGUCUGCCUUCCUGUUCAGUUCUCAAGUGACAGACAGAAGUGGCCAGGAUCUACAAAAGUCCCCGGUCCAGACAGCCCGAGAACCUGUAAACAAGGACCAGGUCCCAGAACUUCGGUGUGAAAGCACCUAAUAAGAGUCGGUCUAUACAUGGGAACUGGUUCUUCACAACCAUAAUCAUCUAAGCGAUGGCUGACCAUUCCAAUGAGGAGACCCAGACCUCACUCGCUGCCCUCUUGAUGCAUUCUCUGGAGGAGCUCACUAAAGAGGAGCUGAAUACGUUUACAUUUUACCUGAUUCACGUGGCAUAUGAAAAGUAUCAGCGCAUUCCCAGGGGUCAGCUGGAGAAUUUGAACAGAAGCGGCAUCGCCGACAUGAUGAUACGUUCCUAUGGUGAAGUCGGUGCUCUCAAUGUCAUGCUUGAAGUCCUGAAGAAGAUGAACCGGAAUGACCUUGUUCAGAGAUUGGAUAACAUCCUGCAGAAGGACACUAUCAUGUCAGAAAGACCAAAGCCCUCCAGUGCCCAGGGAGGAAAAGGAGGAAGAGGAGAGGAGGAAAAAUGGGAAAAAGACAGAGAGGAACUCAUACACAGAAUCAAAUGUACCAUGAAGCAGAACUGUGAAUGUGUAUUUGAAGGGAAACCUAAGGGAGGACAGCCAACACUUCUCAGUGAGAUUUACACAGAACUCUACAUAACUGAAGCUGGGACUGAAGGAGUCAAUGAUGAACAUGAAAUGAGACAGAUUGAAGCAGCACCCAAGAAAAGGCGAACAGAAGAUACUGCAGUGAAGUGCAAUAAUAUAUUUAAACUCUUAUAUGGGCGUAAGACACCUAUCAGAACUGUACUCACUAAAGGGGUGGCAGGUAUCGGGAAAACAGUCUCUGUGCAGAAAUUUAUUCUCGACUGGGCAGAAGGAAAAGCAAACCAGGACAUUCACUUCAUAUUUGCUCUUCCUUUCCGCGACCUGAAUUUGAUUAAGGAUGAAUACAGUCUGAUUGAACUGCUUCACCGCUUUGUCCCAGAACUGAAAUCACUUGAAUACACUGAACUGUUUAGGUGCAAAGUCUUGUUCAUCUUUGAUGGUCUAGAUGAGUGUCGCCUUCCUCUAGAUUUUCAGAAGAAUGAGAGCUGGUUUGAUGUAACAAUGAAAAUGUCACUCGAUGUGCUGAUGACUAACUUCAUUAAGGGGAAUCUGCUUCCAUCCGCUCUCCUCUGGAUAACCUCCCGACCUGCAGCAACCAAUCAGAUACCUCCUAAGUGUGUCCACCGGGUGACAGAGAUACGAGGGUUCAGUGAUGCCCAGAAGGAGGAGUAUUUCAGGAAGAGAUUCAAUGAUAAGAGCCUGGCCAGCAGGAUUAUCACACAUGUGAAAUCAUCAAGGAGCCUCUUCAUCAUGUGCCACAUACCUGUGUUCUGCUGGAUUUCAGCCACUGUUCUUGAGCUUUUUAGUAAGAAUGACAGGGGGGAAAUUCCAAAGACUCUGACUGAAAUAUACACACACUUCCUGAUCUUUCAGACAAGUUUAAAAAAAGACAAGUAUAUGGAAAACUAUGAAACCAAGCCUAAGGAAUACAGCAACAAAUUCCUUUUAAAACUUGGCAAACUGGCUUUUGACAACCUUGAGAAAGGCAAUCUCAUAUUUUAUGAGCAAGAUAUGACAGAGAAUGGCAUUGAUGUCACUGAAACUUCAGUUUACUCUGGAGUGUGCACAGAAGUCUUUAAAGAGGAAUAUGGGUUGUAUCAGGAUAAGGUGUACUGCUUUGUGCAUCUGAGCAUCCAGGAGUAUCUCGCUGCUUUAUAUGUGUUUCUAUCAAACUCAUCAGCUGACCUGCUGAAGAUUGAAGUGAAUCAGGCAUUAAAGAGCAAGAAUGGACACUUGGACCUCUACCUCUGCUUCCUCCUGGGCCUCUCAACAGACUCCAGUAAGAGUCUGUUAAAAAGGCUACUGGGCCAGACAAGAACCAGUUCACAUAACAUUGGGGAAACAGCCCAAUACAUCAAGGGGAAAAUAAAGGAGAAUUUCUCUCCAGAAAGGACCAUCAACCUGUUCCACUGUCUGAUUGAGCUGGGUGACAAUUCUCUAGUGGAAGAAGUACAAAGAUACCUGAAUUCAGGAAACCUUUCACCUGAAGACCUCUCACCUGCACAGUACUCAGCUCUGGCCUUUGUGUUACUGAUGUCAGAUGAGGAGCUGGAUGUUUUUGAUCUGAAGAAAUACAUCAGAUGGGAUGAAGAGCACUGCAGGCUGCUGCCUGUGGUCAAGAACUCCAGGACGGCUCUGCUGAACAGCUGUGAUCUCACAGAUGAAAACUGUGAAGUGUUGAUUUCAGCUCUAAGAUCAAACUGUUCACCCCUAAGAGAGCUGGACCUGAGUGACAAUAACCUGAAGGAUUCAGGAGUGAAGCUGCUCUCUGCUGGACUGGGGGAUUCGCACUGUAAACUGGAGAUACUAUGGCUGGCAGGCUGUAGAGUCACAGAAGAAGGCUGUUCUUCCCUGGCUUCAGCUCUGAGGUCAAACCCCUCACACCUGAGAGAGCUGGAUCUGAGCUACAAUCACCCAGGAGACUCAGGAGUGAAGCUGCUCUCUGCUGUACUGGAGGAUUACAGCUGUAAAUUGGAGAAGCUGAAGGUGGGCCGGUGUGAACUCACAGAGAAAUGCUGUGAGGCGCUGGCUUCAACUUUAGGAUCAAACUCCUCACCUUUGAGAGAGCUGGACUUGAGUGACAAUGACCGACUGGAUUCAGGAGUGAAGCUACUCUCUGCUGGACUGGGGGAUUCACACUGUAAACUGGAGAUACUGAGGCUGUCAGGCUGUAGAGUCACAGAAGAAGGCUGUUCUUCCCUGGCUUCAGCUCUGAGGUCAAACCCCUCACACCUGAGAGAGCUGGAUCUGAGCUACAAUCACCCAGGAGACUCAGGAGUGAAGCUGCUCUCUGCUGUACUGGAGGAUCCCAGCUGUAAACUGGAGAAGCUGAAGUGA